GAUAGAAAUCAUCAGACUCUAAGAACUGUAUCUAUUCUUUAUCUAUGACUGAGCCAAUAUGGACAAAUGAAGUGUCCAUUAUGGUGAUUAUUGUGCAGCUCUUCAGGAUCUGAAUAUCUGAGAAAGCCUUGGUGACGAGACCUUGGUGUGAUUUAUACCUCAGGAUCUAAAAGCCUGAAAAGUGCUUGUGUUUUCUCUUUCAAGACUGAUCAUGCAGCUGUGAGGUCAGGUGGCCCUCUGUCCAUUUCAGGUCUUGACCCUACUCAACCCUACCUCCAUCUCGCUCCCCCUUUUUUUCUUGUGGAGCAUGCGGAAGGAGAAGCACUCAGGCUCUUUGCGCAAGGAGAGGGACAAGAAGGAAAAGGCCGCCACAGUCACUCGCACCCUCAGCUGGCUCAGCGGAUCCUCUCUUUCACGCCAGACCCGCAAACUGUUCCGCAGCCACAACGACCUAAACACAUUGUCACGCACAGAACACAGGGAUCAAGUAAAAGGUGAUGAUGAUGAUUGGGUGUAUGAGCCCCAACACUACAUAGCUGUGUCAAAUCUGGAUGAGGAGAGCAAGUGGACAGUUCAUUACACGGCACCAUGGCACCAGCAAGAAAAUGUGUUCCUGCCCUCAUCCAGACCUGCCUGUGUGGAAGAGCUGCACCGACAAGCUAAAGUCAACCUCAAAACAGCGCUCAGAGAUUGUGAUAAGCUGAGGAAGGAUGGCUUCCGGAGUUCCCAAUACUACUCCCAGGGCCCCACGUUCUCAGGCUCCGCCCACUCCCGCAACAGCCAACUGGAGGAUGAGGAUGAGGAAGAUGUCGAUGAUAAGUCGAUUUCCUCCUCUGCAGAAGAGGACAAAAUCUCCAGCACAAUGAGGGCACACACUGCACUAAAGUCUGAGGGGGCUGAGGUGGAUGGGCAGGAGUCAUGCUUCACACCCUUACCCACUCCGGAGGAAAAGAUGAGACAAGAAGCUCAGGCCAUUCUGACUGACAUUGUCCCCAUCAAUGUUACAGGGGAGACGUUUGACCGUCAGGCCAUUGUCCGUCGCUCGCUGAUAAACACAGACACUCUGGCCCGUCGGCCCAAGAAAGUCAAACGGAGAAAGACUAUAUCAGGUUUGCCUGACAACGUUCAGCAGGAACUAGCUAAAGGACGAGGAGGGGAGCUCCGACCACAGUCCAUGUUUAUUCCUGGACAGUUUUCAACACUGGAACGUUCUGGCAGUGUAUGUUCUACACUAAGGCACUCCAUGACUAAGGAUUCCGGCUGCCAGACCGAGGAGGUAAAAAUUGUUCCACCAUCUAUGAGAAGGAUCCGAGCUCAGAGAGGCCAAGGAAUUGCUGCUCAGAUGGCUGGAAUGUCAACAUCUGCCAACAAUAUAUCCACAGUUCCAAAAGACUAUUCGCUUGGAUCUCCUGUGCAUGUCAUGGCUCCUCGAUUUAAUGGUGAUCUGCAGCGCUUUCACAGCUUGCCACGGGGUGCGCGGGUUUCUUUGAAUGCAGAGCUCCUGAGUAGCAGUACUUCAUGUAGGCCAGAAGAUAGUGCUGUACCAGCAUCUCGGCAGAUUGGAAAGCUCCAAGCUGAUGAGACUGCAGUUCACAUGAGGAAUAGCCCUAGGACUGGCACUUCAGCCCGCCCAAAAUCCCAAGAGGUGAGGGGAUCACAUGGGGACUGGGGGACUGCCUGUGUGGUUUCUUCUCAUGCAGCCUACUCAAAGUCAUUUAUCCCCAAUGCAGCAUUGUCAUGUUCGGCUGAGAUGUUUGCCCUUCAUUCUACGUCUAGCCCAGCGCAGCAACUGAAUGCAAGGCUUCUAGGGAUAUCCUCAGGUGUCAAUGGAGAAAGCUCCACCAGUGUGGCCACCAGUGUUGAGACAGGAGAUACAGACAUGCAGGAAGCCCGUCAGUCAGAUAGCAGCCUAAAUAGUCACAGUACAAUUGCUGCAGGAACAGCAUCAUCAGAUGAACAGUGGAUUUAUGAUACCCCUGAGAAUGUAUUGCCCAAAAGGCCACUCACCUCCAGCUGCUCCACUCCUAUUAAUCAUCUCUACAACAGUCUGGAACGCUCCUCUAAAGGUACAGACUCUAGUUCACUGUACUCCAUGGACAAUGAUGGUUACUACACCUCCAUGCAUUUGGAUUCAGGCCUGAGGCCAAAAGGACAUAGCAUUGCAGGCAGGGCAGCACGACAUAGUAUGUAUGAGUGCAUAGGCCAGCCAGGAGACCGUAGCAGCAUUUACAGUGAUCAAUCACUGUCCCGAUCUAUUUCCCUCCGUAAGUCUAAGAAGCCACCCCUUCCUCCGGCACGUACAGACUCACUGAAGCGUUUGCCUAAGAAUAACAAUGGUGUUAAUGCUAGCAAUGGGUCAAUUCUUAAUGAGUCACUGAUUGCUACACUUCAGCAGUCACUGCAGAAUGGGUUGAAAGGGAAAGGGUCUUUGACCUCACCAUCUCAAAGCCCUUGCAGUGACUAUGAAGACCCCUGGAUGCUGCGGCCUAGGAGCCAAAGUAGCUUAAGUGCAGGCAGUAGUGGUGUGUCAGCUGCAGGAGUAGCUAAUGUUUAUUCCAUCUGUCAUGUCACACCUUCACACAGUGACACCAGCAGCCUGCGUUCUGACUAUGCAGAGUCUUGGGGCUAUUACAUGGAAUACCCUCGUCUGCAUAGUGAUCAGGCACAGUCACCAGCACAUACUAACUCAUUGUCUAAUGUAGGACAGCCAGGUAGCAUGACAGAUAGACAACAUAUCCACAAUGAUACUCAGAAAACUCUUCCUCCUGCUCAGGGGAAUAUGUCAGCAAAGCCUCAGGCAAACACAUCUUCACCAGACAGGGUGCAUCGCUUAACCUCCCCUUCAAGUGGAUAUUCAAGUCAGUCCAACACCCCAACAGCUGGCACUCCUGUUCCCUCUUUCAUAAGGUCCAUGUCACCCUCUGGCUCAAAGCCCAAGCCACGUGUGCCUGAAAGGAAGUCUUCUUUGCUCUCCUCUGUGUCCAUAUCCUCUUCUUCAACAUCUUUAUCCUCUAACACUUCAGAUUCUGUUAGGAACAACAUCCCCCCUCUACCUCCACCUCUUCCUAAUUCAUCAGUUUCACCACUUAUCCCUGAACCUUUCCCUCCACCUCUUCCCCCCUGCAGUCCUGUGUGCGCUUCAAGUCAGACCUUUCCACCUCCACCUGCUCCUCCUUUACCCAGCAGCCCACAGCACGCUGUAUCCGUGAGCCCACUCUCCAUAAAUUCCUCUCCAGAAUUUCCCCCUCCUCCUCCUCCAGAGGUGUUGAAUGACCAUAGCAUGCUACAUAAUGGAUCUUUUAAGCCCAGUUUUCAUCCCCCACCACCCCUGUCUCCUCCCCCUGAAAAUGUACAUAUUCCACCACCGCCACCACCAUCCUUGCCCACCUUGACUCCAAUCAUACCUGCCUCAGCAAGCCUAAAGGGAAUUAAAGACAGACUCAAAUCAGUAAACUCGGAUAGAAAGUCAGUUUCUGUCAACUCUGAAGAGAUUGGCAAGUCUACCAUGCCACUAAUAACUCCAUUUGCCCUCCAAAGUGUGCAGCUUCGGUCAGUCAAACAACCAGAGAAUAGGGAGGACAGCAAUAAAUCCCAAGAGGUGAAAACUGAACAGAUUUCUACUAAGCCUGGCACAAAAGAGAAAUUUGAAGAGUUAGAGGCCCAGACUGUUUUGCCCCUGGAUUCUUUCUCGAAUCCUGAAAUAAAUGAGACUUUAAAAGAGAAUAUAAUUACAAAAGACAAAAAGAUACAACUUUAUAAGGCAAACUCAGGACAAGAAAUGCCCUAUGAAACAAAGAAUUAUCCUUCAGAUGACUUCAUUAGCCAUACUCUAGCUAAAGCUGAGGUGGAUGGUAUGCAGAUGGAGAGAACACAACAAAACAACACAAGCAAGAAAAAACCUCCAGUGUUCUCCAAGAAGCCCAAAUUUCCCCAUGUCUCUGCAGCUGAACCUGAGCUUAGAGUAGAGUACAAGCAGACACUGGACAAUGUGGAAGAUUCUUCUUUUCAAGUGGUUUCAAAUACUCAAAAAGAAAUGGCUAAUUGUGCACCUAACACAGAGGUUCAGGAAUCCCUGCCAGUGGAAGAGGUAGAGGAGAAUGAUUACAAAAGUUCUGCUGAGAGUUCCUCGUGUGAAAGUAGCAUAUGUCCAACUGCUGGUCAGGUUGAAGAACCCCCUCAGACUCCCACCAUUCAGGAAUCAUCUGCAGUGGAUGGUGCAGUGGGCACUUCAGAAGGAGAAGAAGAAGAAAAUGGAGAUUAUGAUGAUGAAGAAGAUGAAUUAAGUAGCACUGCAGGAUCAGUCUGCUCCAAAGAUGAUGGUGAAGUGUUCGAAUCCAAUGCAUCAAACUCCCCACAGACUCCCAGCAUUAACGGCGAAGACAUGGUGACUCCCACACGGCCCCGCACCACAGAGGACCUUUUUGCAGCCAUUCACAGGUCUAAGCGGAAGGUCCUGGGUCGUAAGGAGUCAGAUGAUGACCGCCUGCGAGGUAACUCAUCUCCACCGGUCACACCAACAGGACCGAGUCCUUCCUUGAAUUCAAAUGUGCCUCGUCAGACAGGUUCCAUCCAGCGCAACCUGCGCAAAUCAGCCACCAGCAGUGACACCUUUAAGGCACUGCUGCUGAAGAAGGGCAGCCGCUCAGAAGGCAGCUUUCGCAUGUCUGCUGCCGAGAUGCUACGCACAACUGACCCACGAUUCCAGAGGACAAGAUCACUAGACUCCUCUCUGGAUCCCACUUCACCAACAGCAGGCCUUGACAGCCCCUGCUCUUCCCCUGGUCGCUGCAAGAGGGUGCCAGAGGACUGGCCCCGGAAUGAGGCUAUACUACCACGUUACUCUCUGUGCUCCCCCUUGUCCCCGCCCUCAAUGCUAGGGCCAAAGUACAGCCGAUCCCGCACACCACCCUCUGCUGCAAGCAGCAAGUACAAUUCCCGGAGUCGAAUCCUUAGCAGCCCCAUGACCGUCAUCUGUGAGAGGGAAGGAGAAUUAACUGAGAGUGGAGAGUCACUGGAUGAAUCGUUUUCGGUUUCCCCUUUAGUUUCCUCUAGCCCAAUCCCUCAAGACUCAAAUGGCACUUUAUGUGAGAGGGAGAGUUGACGGAAAUGACUUUUCCCCCCCACAAAAGGGAACAAAAUGAACUUCGUCACAGUAACAGUGACUGGCUAAUGGCAGCGGACCAGUGGACGGACAGACAGGGAAGAUGGUAGUCUUUCUGUCCCCACCGUCAAGGUUCUGGGCCAUGCUACACAAAUCUGGUUGUAUAGUAGGAGAUAUGCAGAGCCAAAAGGUGCCUCCCUCAGACUGAUUUGUGUGUGAAGUAGAUCCCAUUUUUGUCACAGCUCUUCAGUUUGUCACAUCUGUACUAUUUUUGGUCCUGCAAAAGUGUGAAAGUGCUUUUCUUUACAGUCGUACACUUAUUUCCAUAAAUCUUAUGUUAAUUCUGUUCUAAAACUUAAUUCUGUUUGGUUUGCCUCUCAAUUUCCACUGUUCACAUCAGGAAUGGUAUAUUGGGAAUGUGGAAUCCGGGCUGAAUGGCAUGUGGGAAUCAAACUUGAAGGAAUUCAAAGCAAGUCAUCCAUUUGACCAGUGGAUAGAUUGACUUUGCUUUGUGGAAUGCUCAGAGUGUUCUCGAGGUUGUAGUCCAGUUCUGCAGUAAUGCACCUGAAAUGACUCCCAAAUACAUGUUUGGAUAUGGUCCAUUUCAGACCGACAUACACACUGUCAUGAACUUUGGAAGCCAUGUUAGAGGUUUUUCUGAUUCUGCUUAUUCCUGAGAAGCACUGGUUGUGGGAAAGUGACAAACAGAUUCAGCAGAAUGUAUUAUAAAGGACUGCUGAAUCUGCACAUGUGAAAUGCAGGCUGAGAGGCUUCAGGAAAAAAAAAGAAAUUGUGGGGUUUUUAGUGUGUAGUGUGUUGCACUGUGUUUGUGUUUUGUCUGUUGGGUCAUUUCAAAUGUUCUGCUUGUGUUGGUUGUGAUGUCUUUCUACAAACAAAGAGAACACCUACUUGAACCAAGUAACAUCUGUUUUGUUUGUAAUAUUUUUUGUUUUGUUAACCAAAGAGUUUAAAGUAUAAAUGUAAAUUUCACCUGCUGUAGGGAUUCUGGGUAGCUCAGACGCUUACUGGACUGGAAGCAAUAAAAUGUCUUCUGUAAAGCUUUGCUAAAGAUUAGCUUUUACAUUUCUUACGUACUAACUCCUCUUACAUAAAAUCUCACUCACGCAGUUUUAUACUAGAUUUUGUAUAUAAACAUAAAUAUUAAGAAAUAACCUCUGGAUUUAUUUUCGAAGAAUUUGUACACCCUUGUUAGAGGAAGUGGCUUACUUUUUGUAGAGUAUUUAUUUUAGAUUAGCCAGAAUCUGAAGUGAUUUAUGUGAGGGAUUUUACAGAUCUGCAGCUCAGUUAAUAAUUAUGUAUUAAGCAUAACGUCACUGUUUUAGACUCGUGCCGAGUCUGAUUUUGAGGCCUUUAAGUCUUGUCCUUUUCAUCCAAUAAACCAAAAUCACAGUGACAAGGGGAAGACAGCUGCUAACCCUCCUGUGUAUGUCUCUCUAAUAAAUAAAAAAAAGGUGAUGUUUAAAAAUG